ACGUUUUUCAUGUGAUUUUCACGACCGCAAUCAUUGGCUGGAUUCGGGUCACGUGAUAAGAAAUAUGUAAACACGAACCCAGAAUCCAUAGUUCGCUACAGAAAGACAACCGACAGUGAAGCUAAUUGAACUAUCUCACUUUCCCUUCCAGCUUUCCUGCGCCAUUUGCGCACCAGCUGCAGCUGCGCAGUUGCAGCUGCGCAGAGUCCCCGCCUGCCUGUCCUGUCAGCGAUUUGCUCCAGGGCCGGACAUUAGCGCAGCCUGCUGAGCCGAUGACAGUCCGAGCAUGGAGAACCCGGAGAAAGGAGGCAGGAGGAACCCGCUGGCCACCGCCAGCCUCUUCUCCAAACUCUUCCUCUGUUGGUUGACGCCGCUGAUGCGCCGCGGUCGCAAGCAGCGACUCAACGAGAACGACAUGUACGACGUUCUGCCAGAGGAUCGCUCCGAAAACCUGGGAGAAGAUCUGCAGAGAAUUUGGACCCAAGAAGUAAGAAGUGCGAGAAAGGAACUCCGGGAUCCAAAACUGACCCGAGUUCUCGCUAAGGCUUAUGGGAAAUCUUACGCUCUGGCUGGACUGUAUGUAUUCUCACUGGAAGCCAUUAAGGUCGUCCAACCUCUUCUUCUGGGGAAAAUAAUUGAGUAUUUUGAGAACUAUAACCCAGACGAUGCUGCUGGUCUUCACACGGCGUACGGCGUUGCUGCUGCCAUGUCCAUCUCCACCUUCGCGCUGACGAUCCUCCAACAUCUUUACUACUAUCAGGUUCUCCGAAUUGGCAUGAGGAUUCGAGUGGCCAUGUGUCACGUGAUCUACAAGAAGGCUCUGCGUCUCAGCAGCGACUCGAUGGGACGAACAACCACCGGGCAAAUCGUCAACCUUCUUUCUAAUGACGUAAACCGCUUUGACGAGAUUAUACUGAACCUGCACUACCUGUGGGUUGGACCGCUCCAGGCGCUGGUCAUCAUUGUUUUCCUGUGGUCUGAAAUCGGCCCUUCCUGUCUGGCCGGCGUGGCCGCCAUCGCCCUCAUGAUGCCGGUUCAGACGUGGUUCGGAAAACUGUUUGGCAUUUUCAGGAGCAAAACGGCCGUCCUCACCGACAGCCGGAUCCGCAUCAUGAACGAAGUGGUGUCUGGCAUCAGGAUAAUCAAGAUGUACGCCUGGGAGAAACCGCUGUCGGCUCUCGUCACUGAAGUCCGACGGAAAGAAAUCCGCCAGGUUUUGAAGAGCUCCUACCUGCGAGGACUCAACAUGGCUUCCUUCUUCGCCAGUAGCAAGAUCACGGUUUUUGUGACGUUCACCGCCUACGCUCUGCUGGGGAACGCCAUCACCGCCAGCAGCGUGUUUGUCACCGUGUCGCUCUACGGCACCAUAAAGCUCACCGUCACGCUGUUCUUCCCUCUCGCCAUCGAAAAGAUGUCAGAAACCAUUGUGAGCGUUCAUAGGAUUAAGAAUUUCCUCACGUUACAAGAAGUCGAGAGAAGAACCUUUGAACUGCACCUGGAGGAAAUGAAGGACAGCGCCGUGGCGAUGGAGAAGCUGAGCUGCUACUGGGACAAGACUUUGGACUCUCCGUCUCUGCAGAACAUUUCUCUCUCGGUGAAACCGCAUCAACUUUUAGCUGUGAUUGGACCCGUAGGGGCUGGAAAGUCUUCGUUGCUGAGUGCCAUCCUGGGAGAGCUGCCGCGCGACACGGGCGCGCUGAUGGUCAAAGGUCAGCUGGCCUACGCCUCGCAGCAGCCCUGGGUUUUCCCCGGAACCGUGCGCAGCAACAUCCUGUUUGGGAGAAAGCUGAACCCGAACAAGUACGAGAAAGUCCUGCGCGCCUGCGCUCUGAAGAAGGAUCUGGAGCUUUUUUCUGACGGAGAUCUGACUCUGAUCGGGGACAGAGGAGCCACUCUGAGCGGAGGACAGAAAGCUCGGCUUAACCUGGCCAGGGCCGUGUAUCAGGACGCAGACAUCUACCUGCUGGACGACCCUUUAAGUGCCGUAGACGCAGAAGUUGGAAAGCAUCUUUUUGAACAGUGCAUCUGCGGGCUGCUGCAAAACAAAUGUCGUGUCCUGGUAACGCACCAGCUGCAGUAUCUGAAGGCCGCAGACAAGAUUCUGGUCCUCAGGGAGGGUCGCAUCACGGGCCAGGGGAGCUACGGGGAGCUGCAGCGCUCCGGCCUGGACGUGUUUUCACUGCUGAGGAAAGACGAGGAGCAGGACUCCGAUAAACUGUCUCUGCACAGUCAGUGGACCAACUCCUCCCACAGCUCCCACAGCAGCCUCCUGCCAGCGGACACCAGCUACUCUGACCAACCUCCUGCGGAAGCGGCUCCAACGCUCGCAGAGGAGAGUCGAGCAGAAGGAAACGUCAACAGCCACAUUUACCUCAAGUACUUCACUGCCGGCUGCAACUCGUUGGUUCUGCUGCUUAUUGUUGUCAUCAGUGUCGUAGCAGAGGUUGCGUACAUCCUGCAGGACUGGUGGCUGGUUUACUGGGCGAGAGCCGACGUCUUCAACAGCUCGGCUCCCGUCGUCGGCAUCAGAAACGGCGUCAACGCCACGCCCGCAGACGCCGAGUUUCACCUCGCCUUUUACCUCGGCGUCUACUCAGGUCUCACCGCGGCCGCCGUGAUCUUUGGGUUUGUCCGGAGUUUACUCGUCUUCCACGGUUUGGUGAAAUCGGCCCAGAAUCUUCACAACAACAUGUUCAACGCCGUCCUUCGCACUUACGUUCACUUCUUUGACAUCAACCCCAUCGGAAGAAUUCUCAACAGGUUUUCUAAAGACAUUGGCCAAAUGGACUCCAUGCUGCCCAUAACAUUUGUGGAUUUUUACCAGCUGUUUCUGCAGAACGUCGGCGUGGUGGCGGUGGCCGCCUCAGUCAUCCCUCUCAUCCUCGUCCCCGUCGUCCCUCUGCUCCUCUUCUUCCUUUACUUGAGGCGCUACUACCUGCACACGUCUCGGGACGUCAAGCGACUCGAGUCAACGACUCGCAGUCCCGUCUUCUCCCACCUGUCGUCGUCUCUUCAGGGUCUGUGGACGAUCCGAGCGUUCGGAGCCGAGGAGAGGCUGAGGAUGACCUUUGACUCCUACCAGGACCUGCACUCAGAGGCCUGGUUUCUGUUCCUGAUGACUUCCAGAUGGUUCGCUUUGCGGCUCGACAGCAUUUCUUCCAUAUUCAUCACUUUCACGGCGUUUGGCUGCAUCCUGUUCAGAAACGGUCUGGAGGCCGGGCAGGUGGGACUGGUUCUGACCUACGUUGUGACCCUGGUGGGAAACUUUCAGUGGAGCGUGAGACAAAGUGCAGAGGUGGAGAACAUGAUGACGUCGGUGGAGCGAGCGGUGGAGUACACGGAGCUGGAGAGCGAAGCACCGUGGAAGCGUCCUCCUCCCGAUUGGCCGAGCGAAGGCGCCGUGACCUUUGACACAGUCAGCUUCUCCUACACCGCAGACGGUCCUCUGGUCCUCAAAGACAUCAGCGCUACAAUUAAACCGAGUGAAAAGUUGGGGAUCGUCGGAAGAACCGGAGCCGGGAAAAGCUCUCUGAUCUCGGCUCUGUUUCGCCUGGCAGAACCUCGCGGGAAAAUCUACAUCGACGGCGUUUUGACCUCUGACCUUGGCCUCCACGACCUGCGCCAGAAGAUGUCCAUCAUUCCUCAGGACCCGGUGUUGUUUACCGACACGCUGAGGAAGAACCUGGAUCCCUUCGGCCGGCACUCUGAUGAGGAGCUGUGGAAAGCUCUGGAGGAGGUCCAGCUGAAGUCCGUAGCCGAGGAUCUGCCGGGAAAGCUGGAGACAGUUCUGGCCGAGUCCGGCUCCAACUUCAGCGUGGGUCAGAGGCAGCUGGUGUGUUUGGCCAGGGCCGUCCUGAGGAGGAACCGCAUCCUCAUCAUCGACGAGGCCACGGCCAACGUGGACCCCCGGACAGACGAGCUGAUUCAGAAAACCAUCCGGGACAAGUUCAGGGAAUGUACCGUUCUCACCAUCGCUCACCGCCUCAACACCAUCAUAGACAGCAACCGGAUCCUGGUUCUUGACGGUGGCAUCAUCCAGGAAUUAGACCGACCCUUUGCUCUGCUGCAGAACCAAGACGGCGCCUUCUACAAGCUGGUCCAGCAGACGGGCCGGGCCGAGGCGGCGGCUCUGCUGGAAUCAGCCGGACGGGAAAUCAUUUCAGGAAGGAACCAGAAGAUUCUGGAGUCUGGGAGAUGAGACUGUAACCGACCUGAACACUGAGGCCCCAGAGCGCCCCCUGCAGGAUCUGCUGCACCAUCACCGUUUCCAGCAGCAAAUCAAUCAUCUGUUGGUCCAGACAGAAAAGCUGAAGCUGUCAGUGAAGCAGAUCAGAAGCUGAGCAGCAGAAACCCAGAAGAACUGGAA